GUAGUGGCAAGUUCUAGGGUUUACGUUUCUGUAAGGGCUUCGAAUCUGCUCAGUAAACAAUGGCGAGGGAAUUGCCCCAAGAUAUUAUAGAGAAUAACAUCCUCACUAGCCUUCCCGUCAAAUCCCUAAUCCGAUUCACCUCCGUUUCGAAACACUGGCGUUCCGUCAUACUCUACAACCCUAAAUUCGCGAAAUCCCAAUUUGAAUCAUCUUCCAAGACUCACAGAAUCCUCGUGUCCAGCAACGGCUCUCCUGAACUCAAAUCCCUAGACUUCGAGUCGCCGUGGUUCGGACAGGCUUCCUCAUUCAGGAAGCUACAUUUCCCAUUCGAGCAGCAACCGGCGCACUGCAACUUUCUAGGCUCCUCAAAUGGCUUGUUGUUUGUAGCAUUGGAUGACAAGAGGUUCUACAUCUGGAAUCCCUCGACUCAAUUCUUCAAGCAAUUGCCUGGCAUUGGUUAUCCCUCGAAUAGAAGCGCCGUGUCGAUGUACUAUGGUGCUGGCUAUUUGUCCGCCACAGACAACUACAAGGUUAUGAUAGCCUACAUGCUUGACAGUCAAGAGGAGGAGGAGGAGAAAAGUGUCGAGGCGGUACAUGUUUUAUCAUUGAAAUCUCCCAUUUGGAGAAUGGGCAAUGCUGAUAGCCUUGGCACCGAUAUUUUUCCUUGUCUUCAGGGGACACUUUCGAAUGAGGUGCUACAUUGGCUGUAUGAGUACAACUAUUCCAGAUACGAUCUGGUUGCUUUUGAUUUGGCUAGCGAGGAGUUCCGGAUAAUGCAGCUGCCGGAUUUUGAUGAUGAUGGUAGGAGCUUGUAUAGGUGCCAGCUUGGGGUUGUUGGAGGGGGCCUGUGUGUUGCGAGUUAUACUGAUGUGGCUAUUACUUGUGACUCUGUUGAUUUUUGGGUGAUGAGAGAAUAUGACGUGCGUGAGUCUUGGACUAAGGUUUUUAACCUGGAUUUUUCCAACUUGCCUGUGCAGCCAUUACUUGAGAGAUCACCGUGCGGUUGGUUUGCUAUGGAAAGUGGCACAGUUGCCUUGAAAUGGACUGGCAAGGGGAUUUGGUUCAUGAGGAUUGAUCAUAAAGAACAAGAUAAGCUUGGCCUGUAUAUGAUUGAGGGAAGCAGGUUUGCCAUUGUUGAAUAUGAAGAGAGUCUAAUUUGGAUUGAGGAGAAAGAGAAUGUUAAAAGGACUGGUAGAAACUCAUCACGACGAAGCCGAAAGAAGCUCAAGUCAUGAGGGAUUAUUUGCUGGAUCGUUUAAAUCAAGUGCUGGUUAGGUACACUUCAAUCCGUCAUUUUGAGUCUUUGACUCUGCUUUCAUGGAUUUGAAUUAGUACUUGUUUGUUGUCUGCUAAUUUACUGAACCUGUUAGUGAUCACUCAACCUUCUGAUGAUUGUCAAUACCUUGCAAAUGGAGCUUCUAGUACUCUUUUAUGUAUGCAUGCUUAAUGCUUGACUGGUUUUGUUAAAAGUGUAUUCUUUGGAGGUAACUUAUGGCAUGGGAUUAAUCUGA